UGUAGGGAACGCGCGCCUGGCGGGUCUCGAGCCACUGGCCUUGUAGCCAUUUUAGGAGGAAACCCGGAUCGCUAGCCUCGGGCGCGGCUUCAAUUUCAAUAACUUUAUUGGUGGCCCUAUCCGCAGAACAGCCAGCGCACUAGUGGGUGGCCCCCGACUCGAGCUGCAGCCAUGGGAAACACCACCAGCGACCGGGUGGCUGGCGAGCGCCACGGCUCCAAGUCUUCACGCGCCGAGGGCGCCGGCGGCCAUGCGCCGGGCAAGGAGCAUAAGAUCAUGGUGGGGAGUACCGACGAUCCUAGUGUCUUCAGCCUGCCGGACUCCAAGCUCCCUGGGGACAAAGAGUUUGUAUCAUGGCAGCAGGAUUUGGAGGACUCCGUAAAGCCCACACAGCAGGCCCGGCCCACUGUUAUCCGCUGGUCUGAAGGAGGCAAGGAGGUCUUCAUCUCUGGGUCCUUCAACAAUUGGAGCACCAAGAUUCCACUGAUUAAGAGCCAUAAUGACUUUGUUGCCAUCUUAGACCUCCCUGAGGGAGAGCACCAGUACAAGUUCUUCGUGGAUGGACAAUGGGUUCAUGAUCCAUCAGAGCCUGUGGUUACCAGUCAGCUUGGCACAAUUAACAAUUUGAUCCAUGUCAAGAAAUCUGACUUCGAGGUGUUUGAUGCUUUAAAGCUAGAUUCAAUGGAAAGCUCGGAGACAUCUUGUCGAGACCUUUCCAGCUCUCCCCCAGGGCCUUAUGGUCAAGAAAUGUAUGUGUUUCGAUCUGAGGAGAGAUUCAAAUCCCCACCCAUCCUACCUCCUCACCUUCUUCAAGUUAUUCUUAACAAGGACACUAAUAUUUCUUGUGACCCAGCCUUGCUUCCUGAGCCCAAUCAUGUUAUGCUGAACCAUCUCUAUGCAUUAUCCAUUAAGGACAGUGUGAUGGUCCUUAGUGCAACCCAUCGCUACAAGAAGAAGUAUGUCACUACUCUGCUGUAUAAGCCCAUCUGAAGGGAUCCCUUCCUGCCUCCCAGGAUUUAAGAGAAGCAUCUCCCUUGCCUUUCUAGACUGGACCAGUCUUACCUAAGACUGGAAGGCUAAUUUGCUUUGAGGCUGAUAUGUGUGUUUCAGAGCCUUUGAGUAGGAUGCUCUGCUUUUCAUUCGAUUGCAGAUGGGAGCUUUAUGAGUUCAUGGAAUUUAUUUUAAGACAAAAAAGUUAUAUAUAUAUGUGUGUGUGUGUGUGUGUAUUACAUAUAUAUGCACAUACAUAUAUAUAUGUAUAUACGUAUAUAUACACACACAUAUAUGAGAGGAAGGUUAAUGGAAGCCUCCUAGCUAGAUGUGUUCUCUCUGCUUGUGGGGACUCACCAAGACCAAUUUGGGGGAGCUGCAGAAAGACCAAUUACAGGAAGCUUGUUCCCUAAAAUGGAUGAAGAGCCAACUCUCAGGAUCCUUGUUGGGUAGAGAUUCUGCCACUGCUACCUUGGCUUUCCAACGGAUGGGAUUGUGCCAGACUUCUGCCCCACUUACAGUUGCCUCCUUGCAGGGGCAGCUUUCCCUUGCAUGGGUUCUCUGUAUUCCUAGAGUAUGUGGCACUGUCUGUGCUUUUUAUACCAGAUACCCCACAGGAACCCUUUCUCAUCUCAUUUCACAUUCUUACUUUGAUAACCUCCCUCAGAUCCUAUACCUGACCCAUCCCUAACACAGAAGUCACUGGCCAGUGACCCCUUUCAAGGCUAUGUGAGACCUGACCUACCACACAGACUGGGGCUGCCAGGAAGUCUCCUUUUCAGCCCAGCACAGGCCCAGGCCACUUUGUUACCACUUGUUUUCCCUUCUACUAAAGAAAUACGUCUCAGCAUUAUAAGAAAGGCAGAGGGCAGAAGGUCUACUUUCUUAGUUUAGUGCCACAGCUUAGGCUGUCUUGACACAUUCCCAUAGGUUAGUCCCACCUGGCCUGGCCCUGCUUCCGUAUUUUCUUUUGCAGAGCAGACAGCUUCGAAGGUGGGAGUGGAACCAGGGAACACUUUAAUGUCUUUUAUCUUUGGGAGAUUUUUAUGCGCCUACAUUUUUCUUUAGUUAAAAAAUGCCUCUUCAUGAUUCUUAAGACACUGAAUAGGAAAAUUUUAGGCUCUUGAUAAAUGGUUCUCAAGAUUCUUCAACAAGAGAGUAGUCAUCUAGCCCUCUGUAGUCUUACAUUAGUGUGGCCAACCCUGUGCACAUCACUAAACAGUGUUCUAGAAACAAAUUUGGGUUCCUUUGGUGCACCUAAAAAUUAUCUUCAACUCAGACUUAGUAGGCCAAGAAGCAAGAAGAUAUCCCUGGGGUUCCUAACCAUGAAUAGUAUUGCUUCCCUGCACCAAGUACAAACAGGACCGUUUUGUUUUUCUCUUUUUUUAAAGUGUUUGAUGAAGAAGUGGGGUCAAUGAUUCUCAUUUGUGGAAUGAAAAGUAGCUAUUCAAUCCACUCUUAGGGUUCAGAGAGAAAACUUUUUUUUUUUUCUUUUUUCCAAGUAUCUAUGGCUCUUCCAUUAAGGAUAAAUGCAAGUCAAAACAUUCAACACUGAAAGAGGCCAAACUUGAUGCUUGAGGGACACCUUGACUGUUAGGAUGAGGCACACUGAAAGGGCACCCAUAGGUCAGUUUAGCUACCUCCUUUCUUUCUUGUUCAAAGCUGAUGACACAGCUAUCUUUGGGUGUGUAGGCCUUAGAUCCUGGGAGUGAGGCAGUAGGGCAUGGGGUUGUUUUGCUGGGAAUGCAAAUUUCUAAGUGCUUUGGUGGUUACUUUCUGAGAGUAAAUACUUAACUUUAAAACUUUGAGCUUUAGCUACGUGAGGCCCCUUUCUGCAGCAAAACACUUUUGUGGUCCCAACCACUUUUUGAGUGGUGUUUCAUUUAAAAAAUCCAGGCCAAAUCCUAUUAUAACCAACUCUCAAGAUCUGCACUGUCUACAGUUAUACUAUUGUUUUUUUUUUCUAAUACCCAUUAGAUAAGUGGGGCAUAUAGGAGGAUUCAAAGCCUUGGUUGUUACUUGGAGGGUUUUAUCACACUAUUUCUUGUCAACAGUAUUGAAGUGUAAUUGCCUAUGUGUUUGUGUAUUAAAUUUUUUACACAGAUGUAUCAGUAGAGUGGGGCAGGAAAAGAGAUUCCUUCAGUUUCUCAGGCCAGCAGCUUCUGUGAACUGGCUCUGGCUCCAGUCACUGGUGCUGGUGGCCUUCAAACCUUCCUAAUCUGGAUAUGUGCAGAAAGUGUCAGUUUCCUGAAUUCUUUGGUAAUCUCCCAGCCAAAUGUGAAAUGAGAGCCUACCAGCUGAUACGGAAGAGGAUAGGCAAGGGGAACUGAGUGAUGCCUCCUUUAGCACCGUUCCUUCUCCACACUCCUAAUGCACCCUUUGGGCCUGAUAAGCCUAUUACACACAGUCUGUCCCCAAGAAAUUGUUCUAGAAGGUAGAGAGGGAAGGAGGAAGGUAGCCCAGAGUACAACCUAUUCAUUCUUCUGUGUUGGUUAAAGGGGUAGUUUAUUUUCUAAAGAAGAGAGCUUGGCAGAUUUUGAAAAUGAAAAAAGGCAGAAAAAACCCCCACCUUUUUAGCUUUUAAAAAACAUAGCUUUUUUGUUUUUGUUUUUGUUUGUUGUUGUUUUUUCCUAUAGGAGUUUCACAGAGUCAAAGUUUGAAAAUCACUCUUCAGGAGUGCUGAUCCUUCAAGAAAUACAUCAUGAUUUGGGGGUUGUGAGGAAAAGGAAGAGUGCCUGAGCUAAGGAUACUGGAAAGUUAAAAGGCUUAAGUAACUCAGAACUAAAAAUAGCCUUUUUCUUGUGGUUAAUUAAAUGAGACAUAACAUACUGAUAUCCUUUGGAUCUCAUUGUGCAAAAUCUACUGUAUAAACAUCCCUUUGUCUCUUGUUCCUUUUGUCUACCCUUUCUUUUAUAUUCUGCUUUACCUUCAUUUGUCAAGCUGACUUUACCAGAGCCUUAGGUCAAAUAUUACCUAAAACAAAUGUUUCGUCAUCCUGCUGGUCUGGUCAUGGUUAAAGCUUGCAUUAAGCUUAGAGUUGAGGGGCGCCUGGGUGGCUCAGUGGGGUUAAAGCCUCUGCCUUGGGCUCAGGUCAUGAUCCCAGAGUUCUGGGAUCAAGUCCCACAUUCAGCUCUCUGCUCAGCAGGGAGCCUGCUUCCUCCUCUCUCUCUGCCUGCUUCUCUGUGAUCUCUGUCAAAGAAGUAAAUAAAAUCUUAAAAAAAAAAAAAAAAGUUAGAGUUGAAUGGGAUUGGGUCACUGUAGGUAACGCCCCCUAGGAGCAUGCCUGGCCUCAAGUGUAUUGGCUUUUUUUUUUUUUAAACAAUGCUUAUAUGGUAGAGAAACCCUAUAAAAGAAUAGUCCAAGAGGAGAUUCUGAGAGGAUCUUACUAAUCCCAGGCCUCCAAUUCUUGUCUCUCGUAGACCUAAUGGAUCUGAGAUAAAAACCUUUGCAAAGUGUCGGUACUCCGUGUAUGCUGCUAAAAUGAAGUUAAGUUUGGAAAGAAGUGUUACCUUCAGACUCUGCUUAUAUUAAUCUGAGUAUAAAUGAAGGAGACAUACUAAUGAUAGAAUCCCCUGCUUCUAAUUGGGGAAAUAGGGCUUUUAAAUUUUGACCUCAACUAAAAAUGAUAUGCAAUAGUCUAUGUUGUGUGUGUUCGAAAAAUAUUCUAUUCUCAGAGAUUUCUAAGUCCUCACGUAAUAAUGACUUGGGGCAUAGGCUAUAAGCAGAUACAUAAUUUGUUCACACAUUAUUCUGACACAUCCUUAAAACCAAGUCCUUGCUGUCUUCUACCAGGGACUGAUAGCUCCAGUUACAGAUGGAGCACCUGGGAGGGCUAGGGAUUAGGAAGACUCUGGAUCCUAGGCAUUUAUUUUUCCUUAAGCACCCACCACAGUGGAAGAUUGAAGAGCUAUCACUUCUGCAGUGAUCCUAGACCUCUGGAGUAAAAAGGCCAAUCUAUUAUUUUUAAACUAUAAGAAGAAAGAAAGAAGUCUCAAGAGUCUGUUACUUAAGAAAUCUAAUUCUUUUUUUUUUUUUCUUCCCCUUCCCCCCGCCCCCUUCAGAAAGCACCACCUGCCCCUCAGCUUCCCCACAUCACUUCCCCCCACCCCCUCAAGAAAUCUAAUUCUUAACAAUGGAAUCCCUCUAGGAUUCAAAUGUGGACUUUGCUUUUCUCUAUUGUGGUUUGAAGUGAUUAAGUUUCAUUAAAAAUUAAAUUUUUUAUUAGUUCCAAUGUUAGUUGGAGUUGAAUUAAUUGCAUUGGAGCACAGUGCUUUUGCAGUAAGAUUGCUGUGAAACCACUGGAUUUUGUAGUCAAGUGGUCAAGGGAUAACUACCUACCAUAAGUAUUAUAUUAUGUAUUUGAUCAUCUUCUUUUCUGUUCCCAUCCAAAGAACACUUACCGUACCUAGGUUGUGGUUUUAGAACAGCGAAAGCUCACUGAUGUCCAUUAGUCCUAAUCUGCACAGUGGGCCUCAUAAGUGAGACUUGUUUGAAUUUUGGUAAAUUGAAGGAUGCUGGUUGUUAUUUCACUGAAGCAUUUUGAAUGAGUGCAGCUCUGUCAUAAAGGGGGAGUAAGACUAUAAUUUGGAAGGGAAUUAAAUAUGUGAGUCCUCCUUUAAAUGGUGCUUUUUGUAACCUUUAGUGCUGAGGUACAGGGCUGCUUUUCAGCAUAUAAGAAUUGGCAUACAAGAAUGGGUUUCAAAUCUUUUCCCCAAAUGUCAUUUGUCACUGGACUUUGAUAUGUCUGAAGAUUAUGUGAUGUAACACAUACAGAAAUGUGAGGUUUUCCCCAGAAAAUUGUUGAAUAAAAGUAUUAUACAGCAAUAAUA